AUGGAAAAUAGUGAGAUUAAUAAUGAUCAAGUUUCAAAUGAAGCAGUGAUUAGUGAGGUUAAACGCAAGCAUUGUGGUGAUAUUGUGAUAUCAAUAAAGAGCAAGUUGGAACAACUGCCUGCUGUUAACACAGAAUGCAGCAUUUAUAGAGUUCCCAAAUUGCUAUGUCAAAUGAAUAGGAUAGCCUAUGUCCCUCAAGUCAUUUCCAUCGGCCCUUUUCAUCAUGGUUCUAAGGAUUUGAAUGCUACAGAACGUUAUAAGCUUCAAGGUCUUCGUAACUUUCUACGUCGUCUGGAUGACCAUAAGGCGGAGAAAUCGUUGGAGGAGCUUGUGAAAAUCGCUCAAUCUUGGGUAGAAGAAGCUCGUAGAUGUUAUGCAGAUCCGAUAGACAUGGACGACCAUGAAUUUGUUAAGAUGAUGCUUGUGGAUGGUUGCUUCAUAGUAGAAUUCUUUAUACUUGUUCAUAACCAAUACACUACUUCAGCUGAUCAUAAGUUCCCUCAAAUUGAUCCAAAUGUUGACCUUCUAUUUUAUCAAGGAAUAAUUCCUGAUGUAUAUUUUGACUUGAUAAAACUCGAAAAUCAACUUCCUUUCUUCCUUCUUCAACGUUUGUUUGAGCUAAUACCAAAAGAAAACAACCCCAAAUCUCUAAUCCCAGAUAAUGAAUUUUCCACCAUCUCCUUUCUAGAACUUACAUUUGAGUUUCUUCGUCUUGGGUGGGUAGAAAAUUAUGUACAACUUGGUGAAAGAAUUGUUUGGUCUGAGUUUGACCCUGAACACUUGGUGGAUUUCUUAAGGCUAUACUACAUAUCGAGUUCAGAUGAUGAAUAUCGCGACAACAAGAAGAUUAAUAUUUUAAGCUUCUUCUACUUGUGUCGUCGAUAUUUGAACAGGACUAAUAAGGAAACAAGUGGGAAGAAGAAGGUUCAUGCAGAAAACGGAGAAAAACAAAGGACUCUUUCAAUCUUCAAACGAACCUACUCGCCAGAAUAUUGGACGAAGGCGAAGAAUAAUCUGUUGAGCAGAACAGGCUCAUGUUUUGGUCGGAAUAAGAAGAAGCAUGUGGAAAAUGACCAUGAUGAAAGUUACCAUGAGGAAAAGAUGUGGAUUCCUCCAUCUAUAACUGAACUCUCUGAGGCUGGUGUCACCAUAAAAAAGGCAAAAAAGUCUCCAUUUAUAACCAACAUAACCUUCAAAAAUGGGGUUUUGGAAAUCCCACCUAUAGUUAUUGACGAUUACUUCGAAACCAUUACUCGAAACUUGAUAGCAUAUGAGCAUCUAGACGCAAAAAAUUAUCAAGAAAUGAAUGUAAUCUCAUAUAUCUUAUUUAUGGAUUAUUUGAUAAGCAUAGAGAAAGAUGUGAGUUUGCUUGAGAAGGCAGGAAUCAUAGUCAACGAUAUCGGUGGCAGCGAUAAAGAAGUUUCAGAAUUGUUUAACAAUCUCAGUAAAUUUGUCAAUAGGUCAGGUGAUAUUAGUGCAUAUUUCGAGAAAUUCAACGGUAUCAGCAAAGCUUUAUGUGAGCAUCGUGACAGACGGUGGAACAAGUUGAAAGCUUCGUUAAAACAUAAUUAUUUCAAUACGCCAUGGGCUGGUAUCUCCGUUUUUGCUGCAACCUUCAUUAUUGUUCUCACUCUCCUUCAAACAAUAUUUGCUGGUAUAUCCACUUUCUAG